AAACAGCUCGUCAACCAGCUUGGUAGCUUGCUAGCCAACAUAGCCGAAAGAUUCAAGCUAUUUAUACGCUUUCGGUGUAUAUUACCUACUGUGUUUUAGACACACUUCUGUCGUAUCAACUUGUUAACCUAUUUAAUUGAAUAUUACCUUAUUUUGUAUUAGUCAGCUAUAGUAGCUGGGUGGUUAAGUUAGCGCUAGCCUAGUCGCCAAUGAUAGCUAGCUAGGUAGCUAACAUCCCCUAACAUGAGGUCAGUAAGCUUCUCCCCUCCUGCUAAAGAAGAGGCGGUCUGCUGGACGGAGAAAGAGGGUCUGUGGCAGAACAUUGUUGUGAAAGAGGGGAAGGAAGGUGAGGGUGUUACAUUGAAAGAAGAAGAGAAAGAAGUUUCAGUGAAAUUAGAGGAAGAUGAGAAAGAGGAGGAUGCCGUUUUUGGUGUGAAAGAGGAGGAGGGCGAGAUUACUGUCAUAUUGGAGGAAGAAGACGAGGUUGGAGAUCCGUUUAACCCCAGAGAGAGACGGGACUAUUGUGAAUCCUCUGGGGAGCCUCAACAACAGCAUGAUGCUGACGAGGCAGAGAAGAGUUUCUCCACAUCAGAACACCUGCGGAGAUCCACAAGGAAGAGACCUCACUGCUGUUCUGAUUGUGGGAAGAGAUUCACCUCAUCAGCAGGCAUUAAAAUUCAUCAGAUAAUCCACACAGGAUUACAGAAAUAUUAUAGCUGUAAUCAAUGUGGGAAGAGUUGUACUCAGCUAAGCAGCCUGAUAUUACACCAGAGAACACACACAAGAGAAAAACCUUAUAGCUGUGAUGAAUGUGGGAAGAGUUUUACUUGUUCUAGCCGUCUUGUUGUACACCAGAGAACACACAUCGGAGAGAAACCUUUUAGCUGUAACCAAUGUGGGAAGAGUUUUACUCGGUCAAGCAGCCUGAUAUACCACCAGAGAACACACACAGGAGAGAAACCUUAUAGCUGUGAUGAAUGUGGGAAGAGUUUUACUUGUACUAGCCGUCUUGUUGUACACCAGAGAACACACACCGGAGAGAAACCUUUUAGCUGUAACCAAUGUGGGAAGAGUUUUACUUGGUCAAGCAGCCUGAUAUACCACCAGAGAACACACACAGGAGAGAAACCUUAUAGCUGUGAUGAAUGUGGGAAGAGUUUUACUUGUACUAGCCGUCUUGUUGUACACCAGAGAACACACACCGGAGAGAAACCUUUUAGCUGUAACCAAUGUGGGAAGAGUUUUACUCGGUCAAGCAGCCUGAUAUACCACCAGAGAACACACACAGGAGAGAAACCUUAUAGCUGUGCUCAAUGUGGGAAGAGUUUUACUAUAUCUAGUGUGCGGACUAGACACCAAAGAGAACACACACACAGGAGAAAAACCUCAUAGCUGUAAUCAAUGUGGGAAGAGAUACUCUGAUAAUAGAUAUCUGAUUAAACAUCGGAAGAUACAUGGAGUUGUUUCAUGAUAUCAUUGAAUUAAUGUCACAAUGUAGAAUGUUUUAACAUUGUAGUAGGAGUAUUUUAAUGAUGUCACAAUGUAGAAUGUUUUAACAUUGUAGUAGGAGUAUUUUAAUAAUGUCACAUUGUAGAAGCCUAAACAUUUGCCCCCUUAUCAAAUGAUUUCAACAUGAUAUGGAUAUUAGCCUCAGGGGAAAAAUCCAGGCUCUGAAUUGAGAGAGU